AUGGCACGGCUCGGCUUGCCCGCGCUGCUCUGCACCCUGGCCGCGCUCAGCGCCGCGCUGCUGGCCGCCGAGCACAAGUCGAAAAGUUGUUCAGAAGUGCUCCGUCUCUACGUGUCCAAAGGUUUCAACAAGAAUGAUGCCCCUGCCUACGAGAUCAACGGUGAUCAUUUGAAGAUCUGUCCCCAGGGUUAUACCUGCUGCUCCCAAGAGAUGGAGGAGAAGUACAGCCUGCAAAGUAAAGAUGAUUUCAAAAGUGUGGUCAACGAACAGUGCAAUCAUUUGCAAGCCAUCUUUGCUUCCCGCUACAAGAAGUUUGAUGAAUUCUUCAAAGAACUACUUGAAAAUGCAGAGAAAUCCCUUAAUGACAUGUUUGUGAAGACAUAUGGCCGCUUAUACAUGCAAAAUUCAGAGCUAUUUAAAGACCUCUUCGUAGAAUUGAAGCGCUACUAUGUGGUAGGGAACGUGAACCUGGAAGAAAUGCUAAAUGACUUCUGGGCUCGCCUUCUGGAGCGGAUGUUCCGCCUGGUGAACUCCCAGUACCACUUCACUGAUGAAUAUCUGGAAUGUGUGAGCAAGUACACGGAGCAGCUGAAGCCCUUCGGAGAUGUCCCUCGGAAACUGAAGCUGCAGGUUACCCGCGCGUUUGUCGCAGCCCGUACUUUUGCUCAAGGCUUAGCAGUUGCAAGAGAUGUAGUGAGCAAAGUCUCUGUGGUGAAUCCCACAGCCCAGUGUACCCACGCCCUGCUGAAAAUGACCUACUGCUCCCACUGCCGGGGUCUGGUGUCUGUGAAGCCAUGUUACAACUACUGCUCAAACAUCAUGAGAGGCUGUUUGGCCAACCAAGGGGAUCUUGAUUUUGAGUGGAACAAUUUCAUAGAUGCUAUGCUGAUGGUGGCGGAGAGACUGGAGGGUCCUUUCAACAUUGAGUCAGUCAUGGAUCCCAUUGAUGUGAAGAUUUCGGAUGCGAUCAUGAACAUGCAGGAAAACAGUGUGCAGGUGUCUCAGAAGGUUUUCCAGGGAUGCGGGCCCCCCAAGCCCCUCCCAGCAGGCCGGAUUUCUCGGUCCAUCUCAGAAGGUGCCUUCAGUGCCCGUUUCCGACCAUACCAUCCUGAGGAGCGCCCGACUACAGCGGCUGGUACGAGUUUGGACAGACUGGAAGCUCAGAUGAAUAAGACAGGUCCUUGCUCUCAAAAGGCCCCUGGAAAGAGGGAGAAGCAGAUGUCCUCAGCGUACCUGUUUGCAGUCACAGGGAAUGGAUUAGCCAACCAGGGCAAUAACCCAGAGGUCCAGGUUGACACCAGCAAACCAGACAUGCUGAUCCUUCGUCAAAUCAUGGCUCUUCGAGUUAUGACCAGUAAAAUGAAGAAUGCAUACAAUGGGAACGACGUGGACUUCAUUGACAUCAGCGAUGAAAGUAGUGGAGAAGGAAGUGGAAGUGGAUGUGAGUAUCAGCAGUGCCCGUCGGAGUUUGAGUACAAUGCAACUGACCAUGCGGGGAAGACUGCCAAUGAGAAAAAAGCAGCUGACAGCGCUGGUGCCCGUCCAGGGACACAGCCCUACCUCCUCACUGUCCUCUGCAUCUUGUUUGUGGUCGUGCAGAGAGAAUGGAGAUAA